AUGUCUUUCUACGAUGAGAUAGAGAUCGAAGACAUGACCUAUCACGAGUCCACAACACUCUACACCUACCCAUGCCCAUGUGGCGACCAGUUCGAGAUCUCGCUCUCCGAUCUCCGCGACGGCGAGGAAGUCGCAGUCUGCCCCAGCUGCAGUCUGAUGAUCAAGGUUAUAUUCGAAGCAGACAACCUGCCUAAGGGAGAUGGCGACGGUGCAACGACGGCAGCGCCAGUGGAAGUUGUAGCUUGA